AUGGCCAAUUUCAGAUCCCUCGAUUACCUUCGUUUCAUCACUAUUACCGGCGUUUCUGUCAUCAUCGGCGCAGGAUGCGACGGCGGAGGGGAAACGGGGGUUGCCACGGUGAAGAUGACGGCGGGGACAGCUUCGGUGCAGAAGAGUAAAGAGAGUGAGGGUGUUGGAGUGGUGAUGAUGAAGAAGGUGAAAAGAGAAAGAGGACGGUCUACUGCUAAAGAUUGGAAAAUGCCGCCUUCUACUGCCGGGAAGUGUAGUUCCAGGGUUCUUCUCUUUGGUAAUUUUUUUGAUUUUGAUGGAGUUUGUAUUGUACUGCAACUAUUUGUUGUAUUUGUGUAUUGCAGGUAUUGA